GCUUCUGACACAACUGUGUUCACUAGCAACCUCAGACACCAUGGUGCAUCUGACUCCUGAGGAGAAGACUGCCGUUACCACCCUGUGGGGCAAGGUGAACGUGGAUGAAGUUGGUGGUGAGGCCCUGGGCAGGCUGCUGGUGGUCUACCCUUGGACCCAGAGGUUCUUUGAGUCCUUUGGGGAUCUGUCCUCUCCUGAUGCUGUUAUGGGCAACCCUAAGGUGAAGGCUCAUGGCAAGAAAGUGCUUGGUGCCUUUAGUGAUGGCCUGGCUCACCUGGACAACCUCAAGGGCACCUUUGCCCAGCUGAGUGAGCUGCACUGUGACAAGCUGCAUGUGGAUCCUGAGAACUUCAAGCUCCUGGGCAACGUGCUGGUGUGUGUGCUGGCCCAUCACUUUGGCAAAGAAUUCACCCCGCAAGUGCAGGCUGCCUAUCAGAAAGUGGUGGCUGGUGUGGCUAAUGCCCUGGCCCACAAGUACCACUAAGUUCACUUUCUUGCUGUCCAAUUUCUACCAAAGGUUCCUUUGUUCCCAAAGUCCAACUACUGAACUGGGGGAUAUUAUGAAGGGCCUUGAGGAUCUGGAUUCUGCCUAAUAAAAAACAUUUAUUUUCAUUGC